CCAACUUUUCUUUUAAAAAAAACCAAACUUUUUUCUUCUUUACUUUUUUUUUCCCCCUUGAAAGAGCCACGCUGUGGAAAGACGGGGUGGUGGAGGAGGGAGAAACCCCUCCCCUUCCCCUCCCCCGUGGCUCCUUCCUCGGAAAAGAAACACUUGGGGGGUUUCCUCCCCUCCACUCCCCUUCCCUUCCCUCCGCGCCGCUCCGCUCCCUGGAGCCGGAGCCGAAGCCGCCGCGGCGCCCGCGCGCCCCGCGGCCGAGGAGGGCCCGGCGGACAGCCGCGCCGCCUCGGGAUGGAUCUGCUCUUAAGUAAAGCUUUGCAAAAACUGGGAAGUGCCGCAUCGAAGCUCUUGAAUUUGGACCACUUCCAGGCCUGACAUCCAGAAACUCAUCCCUAUGGGUGGUAAAUAUAAAGAGGCUGGAUGCAAAGGAGGAAGCAUGGUAAAGGCAGCAUCUUCCCAGGAUCCAUGGGCUCUUUGAGAGAUGAUCAGAGGGAGGCCAGAUGAUCUGCACAACACACACACCACUGUUUCUCAUCCGCAAAGGCAGCAUCAGAGCGUUCUCCCCAGCCCUGCGCCGCCCAGCUUGCCCGAUCGUUUCCGGAUGUUUCGCAGCUGCGAGUGGGAGGUCCUGGAGCGAUCCCUCAAUAUCCUCCAGGCCAGCGACUUUUACUGGGGCCCCUUGUCUGUGGGGGAGGCUCACGCCAAGCUCCAGCGGGAGCCUGUCGGCACCUACUUGGUGCGGGACAGCUCGCAGGGGAACUGCUUGUUCAGCCUGAGCGUGCGGAUGCCGACGGGGCCCGUCAGCCUUCGAAUCUCUUUCCAGGAGGGCUAUUUCCGCCUGAAGAACUGGUUUUCAGACUGUGUGGUCCGGCUGCUGGAGCUGGUGGUGGCGGGGACCCGGAACAACCCCUUGCACUUUGAUGAGAUGGGGGGAACCCCCCUGGUUUUCUCUGAGCCCCUGUGCCGGAGCCGCCGGGCAGUGCCCACUCUGCGAGAACUGUGCUGCCGGAGCCUGCCCACUGGUGCUGUGACAGGGGAUGGAGCAAGGCUGGGGGGCUCCUUGGGGAUGCGCCCAAGGGAGGAGGUGGUCUCAGCCCCGGGUGGAAGGGGAGGGUCAGAUGGGAGUGUUGUCCCCAGCCCCUCUCUGUCCUGGGCUGGGAGAUGAUGCCAUGUGCAUGGGAGACGAAGGGAGGUGCCUAUUAUGUGGCUGUGCUGGUGGGAUACACACCACACCAGUGGGGCUGGAGCAGCUGCUGGGAGAGGAAGGGGAGGGCAGGGGGACCAGGGCUUGAACCCGCUGGCUGUGACAGCUCUGUCCUUGUACAUGCACAGCAUGUGUGGCCUUCCCCAGAGAUGUCUGAGGUAAAGCCAAAUCUGAAGAGCAGAGACAUGCCCCCCACCCCCCCAAGUCCUGCUCUGUGCGCCAUUUAUAAUUUAUAAGCUUGAGAAGAAGGCAAGUUGCCUGUCCUCCCAGGUCAGCCUUGUGUUUUCCUCUACCCCAAAAUGCCCAAGCUUGUUUCUGCUACUAAUCUGCCCUCGUGAAGUGGUGCAGCUGAGUCCGGUCCCACAGCAGUGCAGCUUGGGCAUCAGUGAGCGUGACCCCUGUGCUGACCAGAUACCCACAUAGCCGUGGUGGAGUGAGAGCACGUUUUGCUCCUUGCAACGCGAAUGCGAUGCAUGCCACUUCAGAGGCCAGCGUUUGCACUAGGGGGAACCCGUUGCAGCCAUGUGCGAUACGUGCAGCUUCAUUGGCUUUGGCAUUGCUUUAUUUAAACAGAUUUUUGGGAGUGCAGAUGAGUUACGUUAUACUAAGGGCAUGGUAUUCCUGUGGAGGUAACCCUGGUCUGGAGAGUUGGGUCUGAAGAGAUGGGAUUCAGCGCCCUUUCUUAUGCUCAUCUGAUAGUAUGCUGCUGCCACCUACAGAGCAUAAAAAGACGUUUUGGUUUUGCCUCCAAAAAGGCAAAGAAUCUUCUAUAUACGACUUUUAAAAAUUUUAAUAAACGUGGUUUUAUACUUAUUUUUAAAAGUCAAUGAGUACAUGACAAUAUUUUCAUUCCCUUGCAGUGUUGGAAACCCGGUUAGUUUAGCGGCAAGACACAGCAAUCAAACUGAAACCAAACAAGUGAAUUUCUUAUAAAGACCAAAAGCAGAACAUAAGUGAAUGGUACUAGCUGGGAACAAUAAACUUAAUUCAUCUUAGAGUGUAAUCAAGUAAAGAAUUUUCUAAACAGAAGAUACUUCCUAAAAACUUAAGGGUGAGAUUUUCAGCAGUAUUUUUAGUACCUUAAAAUUUGUACUGAGUGUUUGAAAGAAACAUGAGUAAUUCAAGAUCCUAGAAUAGGGCACAGCAUCAGUGAACUUGAGCUGGUGAGGAUGAGUACAAAUGAGAGGAACAGAGUCGACUUACAUAGGGUUAUGGUUCGUUUCAGGGGUGCAGGCACUUUGAAAUAAGUGACUGAAAACAGCUACGUGAAGGGAGAAAUUCAGAUACUGUAAAAUUUGAGCCAAACUGUUUUGUGUGCCGCCAAGCAUCCAUAGCCAGGCAGGCAGCCUGCUGAGCUCACGCUGACUUUCCCCUUCAGACCUGUACAGGGGAAAAAAGCCAAAUGUGGGGAGACAUUACUCUAAUUUUCUCUUUUGCGUUCAGGUAUCCUAUCUGAGGAACCAAAGCAUGUGAUCAGCACAGAGAGAGAUACAGGGUGUGAUUCAUUACAGGAGCCUAACUUCGACACUCUGAAUUAUUCUCUGGAGGGCUCUGUUGCUCUGCUGAUGGCAAGGUGCCUGGCCUCCUAUCUCGGGGCAUUGGCUUAUGAACCAAGGUAGUUAAGUAAAUGCCAGAGAAGUGGCCAUCUUCUUGCAGGCUGCUCCUCUUGCUCUCUGGGAGGCCAGGGGCAGCUCGGUGGCCCUGCAGCUGCUGCGGCUCUCAGCCCAGUGCAAAAGCGUGAGCUGGGAUUGUUCGCUAUCCCAGGGUUUGCGUGCACCGUGGUGGCUGAUGUGGGUAUGGUGUUGCUUGCUGCCGGAGCUGUAAUCUCGUGCAGGGCCAGGGCAAAAAGCUAAGCAGGUAAUUGCAUCUGUCAUGGUCACUGGGGUCCAUUAGAGGUGGUGAAUUGGAGCCCUCAGAUGCCCGAGUCAGGCUGUGAUGCCCUGGGUGAGGGCUGGGGUGCCCUGCUUACCCCACGCAGUGUCAUGAGGGGGGCUGGGGUUCAACCCACCCUGAGAGAAUAGCACUGUGCAUCCCCUGCUCAAACACAUACCUGUUGCUCAGGGUUAUUGGUAUCUCCACCUCCUGAAGCAGCCCUGUCCAGGUACUGUAACCCAUGCAAGGACCGGGGGUCUUGGCAGACAGCGAAGCUGAAUCCUGCAGGCUCCCUGGCAGCAAAGGCCAGCAGCAUCCUGGGCUGCAUUAACAGGAGCACCACCAGCAGAUGAACAGAGUGAUUACCUCCCUGUACUCACCAUUUCUUAGACCCCAGUUAGAAUAUUGCAUCCAGUUUUGGGCUCCCUGGUGCAACAAAAAUGUAAUAAAUUGGAGUGAGGUUGGGAUGGGGGGUGACCCAAAGAAGCUCAGGGGGCUGGAGCACUUGCCUUGCAAGGAGAGGCUGAGGAAGCUGGGUGUGCUCAGCCUGGAGAGGAGAUAGCUCGGAGGGACCUAACAGCAGCUUGCCUGUACAUAUGAGGAGGUUAGCAAGGAGCCAGGCUCGCUACAGUGCUGUACAGCAGAAGAACAAGACACAGUGGACAUAGGGGAAACAAGUCCAGGCUGGCUAUGAGGAGACCCUUUUUCCCAGGAGGGUAGUCUGGGUGGGAGGUGGAUUACCUGGAGAGGUUUUGUGGUCUCUGUGCCUGGAAGUUUUCAAGACCCGGCUGGGUCAAGCCUGGAGCAACCCGGUGUACCUCAGAGCUGGCCCUGGUGUGAGCCCCAGGUUGGAUUAGCGGGGACCUCCUGGGGUCUCUUCCCCUGUGAAUAGCUCUGUGGUC